ACUUUUCACUUUGAUUCUGGUUCUAGAAUCAGGAUGAACAUCGAGGUUGGGAACGUUUCUUAUACAGGAGCCAUCAUUUCCUGGUCGUCCUCGGAGCCCUGUCUGGAGGACUAUUACCAUAUUAUGUAUAGGCCCAACUGGAACAGCAUCUUCUCCGGCUAUCUUCGCUACAGCUUUCACCACGAGGAGAAAGUGCCUCGAACGAUCAGUUCUGUGGUGCUGGAACACCUCGCCCCUUCCACUCUCUACUUCCUGUGCAUCAGCUGCAAGAAGGCUGCCUUCCCUUAUAGGCACUACUGCACCAUGUUCCAUACCCUGGAUAAGAGUCCACUGGCUGCUGGGAGCUCCCUGGUGGACCCCCAAAUUUCCCUUUGGGUGUUGAUGGCCAUUCUGCUGGCCUGCUUCACAGCCGUCUUAGCUUUUAUCUGCCUCCAGUUCUGGUGUAUCCGUUGCCAUGAGCCUCGAUGGUCUUACAGAGCCGGCCACAUGGAGGAAGCCAAUGGCUUGGUGAGAUGGCCGGAGGAGGCCCCAGCUCUUGGUCAGAGAGAGGAAGACCUGCAGGGGCUCCCCCUGGUAGAAAUGCCACGCAAGAACUCCGGAGCUGAUGCAGAACCAGAAGCCGAAGCUGAAGACAACCAGGAUGCAGCAGCUGACCAGGAUGCCGACAAUGAGGAUGCCCCUGAUGAGGGUGCCUUACUGGGAGGGGGUGGUGAUCAUCCCGCCAUACUGCCUCGUUUUGGGGAGUGAGAGGUAGGGAGGAGGCAGCCUGCAUCAUGUAGCUUAAAGCCCUCUAUACAGUAGUUCUUUUGUAAAAAUGCGUCUCUAGGCUGCCCAUUUGUCUCCCCUCAAAUGUCAGUGCUCUUGUGGAUCACCUGGGUUGGAUGGAUGCCCCAUGACAAAGCUUCUCAAGCUGGAAAGCAUACACCCCCACGGUAUGUCAAAGGAGAAAUAUGGCGUCUCUUAGGAGCGUCCAUUUAGGGGAACCCAGUUAGGAAUUUAAAAUGUUAUCUUAAUAUUAAAACAAACAUGAAUAUAUUAUGGUAGAGAAAGCAAACUUUGCAUGGCUUAAAUAAAACACAAUACUCUGAGGAAACUUUCGAGUUGAUGGUGGGCUCUCUGGGUUAUGCUUCCAGUCAGCUGAGGCAGAUGUCCAGUGUCCACUGCUGUUGGGGGGAUUAUUUUGGAAAGGCUGAGGAGCCUUGCCCUACAGUGUUUUCCAGCUUUCAGGCUAUCACAUAACACCUCGUACCCCACCUUCAUUUUGUUUAAACCACAGAUUAUCUCUACUGUUAUUAACAAUAUUUUUCUUUUGACUCACUUUUCAAACUUAAACUUAUUUUAAAAGAUAGACUUCUAUGACUCCAUAAAUGAAAAGCCAGCACCCUCCUUCUAUAAACAGAAGAGAUAUAAGAAUAAACAUAAUGAAAACAACAUAAUAAGUUUGACUUAGAUCCUAUUGCCUAUUAAAGCCUCUGAGCUUAAGGUCUGCUCUCUUAGCUUUGAUAAAAAGGGAGAU